AUGCCUGCGCCCACGCCCACGCCGCCUGCCGCCGCACAGCCCGCCGCCGCACAGCCCGCGCCUGCCGCUGCCGCCGCGCCCCCUGCCGCCGCGCCCCCCUCUGCCUCCUCCCCCGCCCGCCUGGACCCGCAGGAGGCUGAGGAGUGGUGCACCAUGGAAGGCGUCAUCGAUCAGCGGGGCAGGGGGAGUGGCACGCGGUACCUGUGCCGGUUUGAGGGGUAUGGCGCGGAUGACGACAUGUGGCUGCCGGCCAGCCAGAUCACGGAGGUGGCGAUGGCAGCGUGGCGGAGUGGCGGGCAGCGGGAGUGGCGCCAGCGGGUGGCCAGCCAGCCAGCCAGUCAGCCUGUUACCUUGAGUGGCGGCUGCCCCGCCUCGGGGGAGGAGCCCGCCCCUGGUGCUGCCCAUGUGCGGCGCAGCAGGCGGCGAGUGUGA